UGCUGUUUUCCCAUCGCGACUUUGAUUUCACAAGCUUCUUCAUCCACGCGAUCUACGUCGACCACCGAGCCUCAAAGCAUCGCCAUUAGCGGGCUGCUCUAGCAUCGCCGCCAAGAUGCCUAAAUUCUUCUGCGACUACUGCGAUGUCUACCUCACGCACGACUCCAUGAGCGUGCGCAAGGCUCACAACAAUGGCCGGAACCACCUGCGCAACGUAGUCGACUAUUACCAACAAAUCGGCCACGAAAAAGCCCAAUCCGUAAUCGACUCCAUCACCGCCUCCUACACAGACGCAGGCCAAGCCCACGCGAACCCCAUGCUGCCGCACAACCAGCCCGGCGGGCCCGGCGUCGGUCUCGGCCCCAACCCUGCUCUCGUCGGCCUCAAUCUGCCGCCAGGUGCUCCUGCGCCUCCCUUCCCGCCGCCUCCUCCAGGCAUGAUGGGCGCCGCCGGCGCAGGGGGCAUCCCCGGCAUGCCACCACCCCCUCCUCCCUUCGCUGGCUCCGGCGCGCCGCCCUUUCCCCCGCCCUUCCCCCCACUGCCGGGCAUGCCACCUUUCCCCGGUGCAGCAGCAGCACCCAACGCGAACGGACCGUCACCAGCAGCAGGAGGGGCACCGGGCGGUGCUGGUGGUGGUGGCUCGGCGCCUCCCUUCCCGCCUCCCUUUCCCUUCCCUGGCGCUGCAGGAGGCAGCGGUGCUCCGCCGUUCCCCUUCCCGCCGGUCGCUGGAGCAAGUCCUACUGGAGGUGGCGGGCCCGGUGGAGCUCGGCCGCCUUUCCCUCCGCCUGGCGCGCCGGGAGGGUUGCCGUUCCCUCCGCCACCCGGUGGCGCGUUCCCGCCCUUCCCGCCUCCGCCUGGGGCUGGGUUCCCUGGAGCGCCCGGAGGGGAGAAGAGGUGAAGCUAAGUUGCGGCUGGUUGGAAUCUAUCAAACGGCAGGGAGAUGCUUGGGGAGGAAAAAUUACGGGAGACGGAGAAUGGGAUGGGCUUGUUAUGCUACCUUUGGCACUGCGACGGCGUAUUCGGCGUUCUGGAGCUGGCGGUUAAUCAAGACGUGUUUUGCGCAAUCGAUACUGCGCCUUCCGGAUCGGAGCUGCAUGGGAUGACUGGUACUUCCGUCGCGUCGAUAUCAUACGUUCUCCCAAGGGUGCUGGCUGCUGCAAAAUGGUUGUAUAGUAGCUACCCAAGGGUGGUAAGCGCCGUCUUUCUCACAGCUGAUAGCUGCAGCGCAACGACAGCAAGAUGACCAGUAAUUGCGGUCUUAGAUAAGUGAGAACUAGAUCAGGUCAUGAUAUAACCCCCCUCGUCCCGUGGUAUCAUGCG